AUGUAUGAUCAAUACAAGAAUUUCAUGAGGGAAUAUUUGUCCUUAAACCACAUGGAAUUAGUGUCAACAGAGGAGAUAAUAGUAGAAGAUCGCAAGUGUUUUUAUAUGCCACACCACGGAGUAAUUAGAGAACAAAGCAGCACUACAAAAUUAAGAGUUGUGUUCGACGCAUCAGUUAAAUCAUCCACAAAUAUCUCGCUAAAUGAUGUUUUGCAUGCUGGACCCAAACUCCAAACUGAUCUAUAUUAUAUUCUAUUAAAUUUCAGAAUACACUCCUUAGCUCUUGAGGCUGAUAUUGAAAAAAUGUUCCGACAAAUUCUUGUCUCACAUUUAGAUUCUGAUUUUCAGAGAAUUAUAUGGCGAGAAAAUCCCGAUCAAAAGAUUGAAGACAAUAGAUUGAAGACAGUUACUUACGGAACUGCUUGCGCACCGUAUUUAGCCAUAAGAACUAUUAAAAAACUUGCUGAAGAUGAAGAGAUGAAUUUUCCUAAAGCCUCAAAAGUGAUCGACAAGGACUUUUACUUAGAUGAUCUAUUAACAAGAGCCAAUUCAAUUUAA